AUGGAGAGCACCAAGUCAAGCAAGCUGAAGCUGCCCACAAAGGCCGCCAAGGAGGAAUCGACGGUCAAUCCGACCCUCAUUGCGCUCUUCAAUGCACCCCCGCCACUUCCGGCGAAGAAGAAGUCGCCGCCCCCGCCUCCUCCUUCACCCCGCGUUGCUGCCGCUGCUGAUGCCAGCGGUAAGCGAAAGAAGGACGAAGACGACAAGGACAAGAACAAGAACAAGAAGGUGGAGAAAGAAGAGGCCAGCAAGUCGAGCAAAAAGAAGAGCAAGAAGCCAAAGAAAGACGACACCGACAAAGAGGAAGAAGUGGAGGAGACAAAGAAGGAGGAGCCUGUGGAGGCAGAGGAGGAUAGCGAAGAAGACGAAGACGAGGAGGAGGAUGGAGAAGGAGAAAUGGACGCCGAGAAGAAGAAGGAGUGCACCAUCUUCGUGGGUAACGUGCCCGUGACCGUGACCAAGAAGGAGUUGCGCCGAAUCUUUGCCCCGUACGGCAAGAUCCAGUCCAUCCGAUUCCGAUCGGUCGCCUUCGCCUUCCCCAAGCGUAAGAAUGGCGACAAGAAGGCUGCUUUCCUGGGCAAGCACUUCCAUCCCGACCGCGACACGUGCAACGUCUACGUCGUGUUCGCCGAGAAGGACUCGGCCCUCAAGGCCCUCGCCGCCAACAACACAAAGAUUGAACUCAGCGACGGCGUGGCUCACCUCAGUGUCGACUUGGCGUACGCGCCCACGUGGAACAUGGCCCGCGCGGCCUUUGUCGGCAACCUUCCUUUCUCGAUCAGGGACGAGGAGCUGCGAAGUCACUUCGAGUCCGCCGGAACGGUCAAGCGCGUUCGUAUCGUGCGCGACUCGGCCACCUUCAUGGGCAAAGGCUUUGGCUUUGUCGAGUUUGAGAACAAGGACGACCUGCUGGGUGCGCUGUCACUCCACGAGAGCGAGCUGCAGGGUCGGCAGAUCCGCGUGUUCAAGGCCUCCAACCACCAGCAACAGCAGGGCGCCCUCAAAGGACCCGCCACCAAAGGCAAUUUCAAGGGUCAGGGUGGAGCCACCAGCCGGCCGUACCAGGGCAUGCAGUCCAUGCAGGGCGCUGCGCUGCGCGUGGAGCGGAAGCGAAAGCGGAUGGAGAGCGGAGGUGCCAAGCACAAGCCCAAGCGCUCCGGUGGUGGCGGUGGCGGUCCCAAGGGCAAGCAAGCCGGUGGCAACUCGCAGCGGCCCAAGAAGGCCCGAACGGCCUAG